AUGGCAAAACCUACAAAAAAUAAACAAAACAAUGCCACGACAGAUGAUAAACCUAAAGGACGUUCAUUUUGUUGUUCAAUAUUUAUUUAUACAUUUGUUUUUGUAUCCGGUGUUAUUGUUGCAACAAUAUUACCUGAUUUAGCCGGUCAUCAUCUUAAACAACCUUAUGCAAAAGAAUACAGUGCUAUGCUUGAAAAAACAUUUAAAGAUUUACCAAAAUAUUUGAAUAAUUUCGCUGAAACAGCUAAUGUAAUUCGUCAUGAUUUAAUGGAUCGUUUUUGGGUAAUGAAAGCUGAAAUUGAUCGUCAGAAAACAACAACACAACGUCCAACAACUAAAACAACAACAGCUACAACAACAAAACAAACAACAACUACUCCUCGCUCAACUACUACCCAGACAACAACAACAACUCCUAAACCAACUACUACUACCACUCAAACAACAACAACAACAACAACAACAACAACUCCUAAACCAACUACUACUACUACUCAAACAACAACAACAACUACUAAACCAACUACUACCACUACCCAAACAACAACUCCUAAACCAACUACUACCACUACCCAAACAACAACAACAACAACAACAACAACUAAACCAACCACCCAAACAACGACAACGACAACUGCGCCUACAACCCAAACAACAACAACAACAACAACAACAGCAGCUACCCCUAAAUCAACCACUACUACUCAAACAACAACAGCUACUACAGUAAAUUCAGAUCAUGUUCAUACAGUUCGUGCACAUGAUACAACAAUGGCACCACCAACGUUUACUGAAAAACCAGCUGUUGUUGAAUCUACAACUGUUAAAACAGAAAAAAAUCGAGAGCAAUCAUCAGCAACGAAAGAACUUUAA